UAAUAAUCUUACAUCGGUUUGUUUAAGUAGCUGACCAUAAGUAAUCGGAUUUGAACCCAGUAGGCCCGGUCCGGAAUUAACCGUCUCUGGAAUCGGUAUAAAAAGAAACUUGAUGUUGUAUUUCUUUUUCCUUCUCUGCUCGAGAGAAGAAGGGGAAGAAGAUAUAAACUAGGGUUUCCAAUUUACGCUCUGAAUUUGGUUUUCAAGGCACAAUUCUCAACAUAGAUCACGAUCAAAGAGCCAACCUAAUCCCAACCUCAAACAUGGUGGCUGUUGAAUUGUCGACUACGGGGUCUACCACCGGUGACCUUGUUGAAGGUCCUGACCGGAUUUUUGUUGGCGGGCUUCCCCAUUACUUCACAGAUGCACAAAUCAGGGAGAUUUUGGAGUGUCUUGGUCCUCUACGAGGUUUCAACUUGCUUAAAGACAGACAAACUGGAGACUCCAAGGGAUAUGCCUUCUGUGUUUACCAAGAUCCUUCAGUAACAGAUAUUGCAUGUGCCGCUCUUAACGGGAUUAAGAUUGGUGAUAAGACACUUGCAGUUAGGCGUGCAAUGCAAGGUACGAUUCAACCGAAACCCGAGCAAGAAGAAGUCUUACAACAGAUUGCUCAACAACAGAUUGCCUUGCAGCAGAGACUUAUGUUAGAACCAGGAGGUAUUCCCACUAAGAUUGUUUGUUUGAGUCAAUUGGUUACAAUUGAUAAUCUUAGAAACUAUGAAGAAUAUGCAGACAUAAUGCGACAAGAAGGUGGAAAAUUCGGUAACUUAGUGAAUGUUGUGAUUCCGAGGCCUAAUCCAGAUCAUGGUCCAACACCAGGAGUUGGAAAUGUUUUCUUAGAGUAUGCGGAUGUCGAUGGCUCAUCAAAGGCCAGACUGGAGAUGAAUGGAAGAAUAGUUGGAGGAUACCAAGUGGUGGCUGUGUAUUACCCCGAGGACAAGUAUGCUCAAGGCGACUACGAAGACUGAGCUAUCUAUCAUCUUCUUCUUAAGCUUUUUUACUUUGGUUCUCUUAGCAAACAAAUUUGGAUCUUUAUUUUAAUUUUUUUUUACAUGUUAAGAGCAACCGCAAUGGUAGUUCUUAAAGGGCUCUAACCCAUAGUUUCUUGUAAUAAAAGUUCUUAAGAGAGCCUUACCAUUGCUGUUGCUCUAAGGUCUCUCUCUACUAAAUGGAUGUAUUUGUUUGUCUAGAAUCUGACUGCAAUACUACUUGUCCAGGCACAAUCAAUCAACGUGUGUGUGUUGGUAAUAGUAGUUUUUGGUUUCAUUAAACACUGAAGUUUAUUGUUGUCCUCUUACAGUUUGAAAGACCAAAGC